UUUCUACACCCAGCUUUUUCAGUCUCACCCAUUAAGCACCAGCAUUACUACAAGUUCCGAUAUUACGGUUAAAACCGCGUACACAAUCGAACGGAUUUAAAAAAAAAAAUAGUGCAACUAUCGAAAAAGUGAGUGCUAUGACGGCAACGACGGUUCGUUUGAAUAAGGGCGAAGCUCCUAGUUGGGGCUUCAGAUUGCAAGGGGGAAAGGAUUUCGGUACCCCUUUGGUCAUACAAAAAGUAAAUGGCGGAUCUCCAGCGGAACGCGCAGGUCUAAUUGCCGGCGACGCCGUCAUUAGGAUAAACAACGUCGACGUCUACAAUUUGUUGCACAAAGAGGCCCAAGACGUCAUCGUCAGAGCGGGAAACAGUUUCGAAAUGGCCAUCCAAAGAGGCGGUUCGACGUGGAAACCUUCAGUCGUUCCGAUCGGAGCACAAACGAAACCGUCGCCGUCGAUCAAUAACGUUAGUACCGUCACUAAGACGUCUUUGGCGGCGGUACCCGGCGAAAAUAUCGGUGCCAUCGGUACCGGACACAACUUAUCCGCCAAGCCUUUUGCUUCACAAGGACCACAGGUUAAUGGGGCUGUAAAUGGUAGUGGACCGAAACUAGUGAAUAAGCAGUACAAUACUCCAGUAAAACUAUAUUCCGAAGACGCUAUAGCUGAAACUAUUUCGGCUCAAAGUGAAGUUUUAUCCACUGGUGCCUUAGGUGUAAACUUCAAGAAAAAUGAGAAAAAUUACGAUUCUUCUAACAGCGCCGUUUAUCGUAUGCUAAAGGAGGCCGAAAACGAACCCAACACUCCAGAACAAGUAAAUCGAUCAGAUUACUCAGCGUCUUUUGGCGGCAAAAAUCCACGACCUCGUACGCCAUCUGAAGGGCAAAAUAUCAAUCAGCAACAGGUUUCAGAGGGCGCCACCGUUUGUACUGAUUGCGAACGGGUCAUUGUUGGCGUCUUUGUAAGAAUAAAAGACAAAAACUUACAUGUUGAAUGUUUUAAAUGUUCCACUUGCGGGUCUUCGCUUAAAAACGUCGGAUACUACAACAUCAACAAUAAAUUGUAUUGUGACGUGCACGCAAAAUCGGCUGCCAUUGCUAUCAAUAAUCCAACUGCAGUACCAAUUACCAUUUCUCCAGUUGGUAAGACACCGGCAAGAGCUAUUUCUGCAGCACUUUCCAAUCAAACUUUACCGUCACCCGCUCCGUUAUCUCCGAAAAUACCUAGUUACCCACUUGCGGAAGAACAUAAAGAAGUUACACCCACUCUGGAUAGUCAACUACUAGCGCCCUCUUCACCAGCUCAAAUUUCUUCUGAUUCUAACAUUUCACCAAUCUUUAAUCCUUCUGCUCCUUUAUCGUUUAGCAAAUACAUUAACAAGUCAAGUAAUAUUGGAGGUCCCAAAGCGUUUUCUAGUGUAAGCGCUCCAUUAUCGCCAGGGGGCACUUUAAAUAGGGCUCCUUUGUCUCCACCGCAGAACAACUUUACAAAGGCCCCACUAUCGCCAUCGGUACAUUCCUACGGUUCUUAUAGUCCUGCUGGUUCUACUGGUGGUGCGGGAGCGGGACGGCAAACUGGUGGAGUGACGGCCGCCCCUAAAAGGGGCAGAGGGUUGUUGAACACGGCGGCGUUGCCAGGUGGGAGGGCGGCUCUAUGCGGACAGUGUCACGGUCAGAUAAGGGGACCGUUUAUAACCGCCUUGGGAAAAAUCUGGUGUCCGCAACAUUUCGUUUGCGCCACUCCGUCCUGCAAACGUCCUCUACAAGAUUUGGGAUUUGUUGAAGAACGCGGACAGCUCUAUUGCGAGUACUGUUUCGAACAGUAUUUGGCUCCGAGCUGUUCCAAGUGCAACGGGAAAAUCAAAGGGGAUUGUUUGAAAGCCAUCGGCAAAAACUUCCAUCCGGAAUGCUUCAAUUGCGUCUACUGCGGCAAAUUGUUCGGUAACAAUCCUUUCUUUUUGGAAGAUGGCAAUCCUUAUUGUGACGCUGAUUGGAACGAACUCUUUACAACCAAAUGUUUCGCUUGCGGAUUCCCAGUUGAAGCUGGUGACCGUUGGGUUGAAGCCUUAAACAACAACUACCACAGUCAAUGCUUCAAUUGCACAAUGUGCAAAAAGAAUCUCGAAGGACAGAGCUUCUUUGCCAAGGGCGGACGUCCUUUCUGCAAAAACCACGCCCGUUGAACUUAAAUAAUUUCGCUUUAAACAAAAUGCUCUAUUUAAAUAAAUAUUCACGCUAUUGGUUGGAUUUAGGGACAAUAAUAAUGCGCCAGUGCUUUUUAAUUUUUUUCUUUUAGCUAAUUGCAUAAUUGCACAUAAAUAUAUUGUAGCUACAUUUUAGUUUUAAGGUCAUUUUUCAAAAAUCAAGUUAACUAACUAUCGAAAUAAUUUGAGCUUAAGUUUCAACAAUUCUUUAUAAGCCAUAUAUAGAGUUUUUAUUCUUCUAUAGGUAGUUAAUUGAAGCUUAUUAUUUGUUUUGCUCAUGUAAUAUUUGUUAUAUAAAUUCUUGUUUGUAAAUAUUAUUAUUUUUUGUGCCAUUUUAUUAUUGUUUUUUUUCUCUUUUCUUUUAGUAGGAGGAUUGUUUCUUGAAUCUCAUGCAUCGUUUUUCUGUUUCUGUAUAAAAAUAAAUUAUCAUUAUCGACAAAAAGGUAUUAUGAAUAAAGAGUUUAUUGAAAGUUUG